GCAACUGUUUUUUGUCAUCUCUGUUUCAUAAUUAAUGGCAUAUGCUAUGCUAAGACAAUCAUUCACUUCAGUGUCGGUAAAUAUUGCAAAGAUAUUCACCUUAACUUUCCAUUAUUCCCUUUUUACUAAACUUCUUCUAUUAUAUAACAUAAGCAUACUGAUGGAGGCGUUUCAAGACAAAAAUGAUACGGAAGAAGAAAAGAAACCAUCGUCUCGUGAUAUAUUGGUUGAGUUUAUGGGAUAUACGUCAGUGCAUGGUUUUGGCAGACUUGUUGAGGCCACGACAUUUGUGUGGAGAAUAUUCUGGAUCCUGGCAAUCCUCGGUGCUUCUGGGAUAUUCACCGUAGAAGUAAUGAAUCUAUUCAAAUUGUAUUCAUCACGACCCGUGCAAACAUCUGUGAGUGUGGCAUUUGAAAAGGUACUACAAUGGUCUCUAACUAUAAAGCCCCAUGCAGACGACCAAAUUGUCCUUGUCAAGUUUGCCAGGCCUUUACUUGUUCAUGUACGGCAAAAAUUAGCCGUACUAUAUUUUUUCUGGAUAAGGGGCCUUGUUCUAAAUGGCCCCUAAAUCUGGUCAUGCAUGCAAGCUUUUCAACAAGGAAAAUAGCAAUUAAGGACAACUUAAGCCGAAUACUGAAUAUAUCUAUAAGUAUAUAGCGGGCUGUACAGUGGAAAUGUGGAAUAGUUUACCAAUCGCAGAGUCAAUAGGCAGCUUCAGGCAUCUUUGUCCGUGUGUACGACCUCCAAGCCCCAGGGAAACUUUAUAUUUGACAAGUGUAUACAAGAAAUACUUCUAUGGUUUUGGCAAAAAAAAGGCGACCUAACGUGAGAUAAAUGUUUAAUCCGUGCACACGAGAAAGUAAACUUGUCAAGGAAAACUUGUUGACCGUACAAAUGAGAAACUUGUCAAGAAAACUUAAACUUGCUCAUCUGUACGGUGCUUGAAACAUUUGUACAAAUGAGUUUUGGUGAAGAUGAGGUGAAGGACGUUUGCUCCGGCGACUGCAUGCGUCACCGAAGCCCAUGCAAUGAUAUAAUCUUCUUCUCCAUUUAAUUUUAGCAAUUAAACUUUCCUGCUGUUACCAUUUGUAAUUUGAACAUGAUAAAGAAUAGCUCUGUAGUAAUGCAUUUGCCUGACGAGUUGAUACAAAGAUUCUUGUUUUCCGAGACUGGGUCAUAUUAUGACGAGACCACUGAAAAGCCGAAAGAAGUCGCCAAUAUCACUGAAAAAUCAUCUGAAGCUGUUAAUAUCACUGAGAAACCGACUGCAGGUAACAAUAAGACUGAACACCCGACUGCACACACGAGCACUGCACGCGCGUCACAAUGUAAGUAUAUAGUUAAAACUAUAGCCUUUUUGCAAUAUGUAGAUUUGUCUAACCGCGAGAAUUAACGGUUGGAUCUGAAGAGAGAUUUCACCGCAGAGAACAUUUUUUAUUACAAUAACUUUAGCGGGCGUUGUGGCGUAUUUGUGGGCUAAAAUAAAUAAAUUAGCGGCGAGACAAACUCCCACGGUGUUUCUAUAACUCGGUGUAGAAAAACAGAUAAUGUUUUCUAUUUCUUAAAUAUCAGCUAACUUUGUCCUUUUGCCAAUAUGUAUGGGAGCAGCAAAUGGUUAGAUUGAUAUUCACUUUUAAUUUUACAGCCAGGAGGAGAAAAAGACGAGAGGAACCGACAGAAGACGGGUAA